AUGCUGCCGAAGGCCAGCUUCAAGGGCGUGCGGCCGUGGACCUCCGGGCGCUCCGGCGUGGAGUUCCAGCAUGUUAGCUGGCUAUACUGGCUUGACACCUUCCGAAUGUGGGAGCUCGCCGCCCACGCCUAUGACAUCGCAGCGUGGAGGCUUGAGAUGCCACGUGGGAAGCUCAACUUCCCGGAGUUCCAGUUGUUGAAGAAAGCGGAGUUCGUCGGUCCAAAGGUGAUCAUUGUUUCCCACCCGACGAAGUCGAAGACCCCCAUUGUUGUUGAGGAGCGGGGCGACAUCUGGGAGAGUGAUGCGGAGAUGAUGGCGAGGUUUGCGGCAGAGCAUCCAGAGUAUGUGCAGUACGAGUACGAGUGGUACUGGAAGAGGGACAUGGAGCUCAAGAAGGGGAAGAAUAACGACGAGGCAGGCCCUUCAUCACAGGUGGUCAAGGUCGAGUACAACGUCGACGAUAUCCAACCUGAGGACAAGGGUUCCGACAUUGAGUGGGAUAGCAUCGACAACGACUAG